UCGGGUAGGUGAAUAAAAAGUGUCAACAUCACCUCAGCCGAUUUAUUUAUUGUUUUUUAAUAUUUAUACAUAUUUUGGACAAAAUUCGAUAUACACUCAUGACUAAUUAAUUUGUUUCACCUACCAGCAGUUAGUCACUAAUUCCUUUUGGUAAAACUUUAAAAUAUAUUCCACUUUCACAAUCUUAACCUCAAAGUAACUGUCAAGAUGGAGUCUCUCAAACAAUCUAUGGCGGAGAUGACUGAAACAUUCAACACUCGGAUGGCUGGGUUCCAGAAAGAGAUUGAGAGGGCUGCUCCAAAUGAUCCCACAAUUGCUUCGGUGUCAGCGGAAUUUCAUACCUUCAAAAAAUUCAUCAAGACCACCUUGGAGGCCAUGCAAAAACAAAUUCAGUUUCUGACUGUGCAGCUGGACCAGCAGGAGAUGCGCUCUAGAAGGAAAAUGCUCUUGUUGCAUGGUGUGCCUGAGACUGAGCAGGAAGCGACAUCGAGCGUUGUGGAACUUCUGAAUGAACAUCUUGCGGAUAAACUAACUAUCAAUGAUGUGAAGCGCUGUCAUCGCUUAGGUCAGCCACGCAAGAGUUUAACUAGGUGCAUCUUAAUUAAGUUCAGUGAUGUGUCUGUGCGAAACUCUGUCUGGUUUGACAAGAAACGCUUGAAGGGCUCCGGGGUAACACUGUCAGAGUUUCUCACUAAGCCGCGGCAUGCAGUUUUCAUGGCUGCUCGGGAGCGUCUUGGUAUUCGGAGAUGCUGGACUCGCGAUGGAAACGUGUACGUGCUUGAUGCGGCAGACAAGCGUCACUGCGUGACCUCUGUGGCAGAGGUGGAACAGUUCCCAGCGGCGGACACAGUGCGUGCUCAGGGACCUUCAUCUUCGGGUGCCGGCUCUGCCCAGGAGCAGUCCAAAAGGUCCAGGAAGCCGCCUAAGAAGUUUUAAUUUGAGCUUUUUACUCUUGCAAGUUUUCAUGUACGUUCAUUGUUGUGUUAUUUGUUAGUUUGCCUUCUCAAUUUAGCAGGAUAGUAAUCUCAUUAAUAUAUUGCUACCCACUCUAUAUCCGUUAAACUUUAUCACUUUUUUUCUUGAAUAAUCGUGGGUUAUUUUCUUGUUUACUUUCUAUUUGCGUCCCGAUGUCAUAUCUGUGACAUGACAGCUGUCAAUAAUUUACAACUUUUUAAUUUUGUUUUUACGUUUCGUUUCACGCUGAAUUUUAUUGUCACUUAAAUCAUGUACAUGUUUUUACUUUUUAUUUUCUUAUAGGAUUGUGUGAUGUACUUUUUUUUUUCCUUAAAUAGUUAUUAAUAUUAAUUAACUGCUGGUGGAUAGAAGACUUGGCGUAGUAGAGUUGGUAUUACCAACUAAUACCGGUUUUAUUUAUACAAACAUAUUUAUAUUUAUAUUUUUAUAUAAACAUAUUAUAUUUUAUGACAUUGGAUUGCAGUAUUGAUAGUAAUGUAUCUACUGAUAAUUUUUCUUCUUGUACAUCGGAUAACGACACCGACAGUUUUUAUAGUCUUCCUCCUCCCCUGCGUGAUGUUCUUAUUAAUGAAUUAAAAGAUGUCUCUAAACAUUUGAAUAUUAUACAUAUUAAUGCACAGAGCGUUCCAGCCCAUUACAAUGACCUUUUAACUUCUUUCGAUUUAUCCGAAAUUCACGCUCUUCUUAUAUCGGAAUCCUGGUUGAAACCAUGUCUUCCUUCGACUUCCUACUCUUUACCGGGAUUUCACUUGCUUCGUAAUGAUCGAAUAGGUAGAGGAGGUGGUGGAGUAGCCAUUUAUCUUCGAUCCCACAUCACUCACUCCGUUAUUUGUUCGUCGGUGUCAUCUUCCUAUGACGCCGAGUACCUCUUCCUUGAGCUAACGAUUUCUAACUCUAAAAUCCUUCUCGGAGUUUUUUACUCUCCUUCUAUUCACAUUGACUAUUUCUCUUCCUUUGAAAAGGUACUUGAAGACCUUAUGCCUUCUUAUAAUCACCAUAUAAUUAUG